GGGAUGUCCGCUCGGCACUGUGACUGGUACGGCUUCGCCAACGAGCUGAUUGCGGAUAAUGACGCCGAGGUCUGUCUGAUCGACCACAGAGGCGUCGGUUUUUCGGUGGACGAGGAUGAGGAGAUGUUGCCACCCGCCGGUCAUAUGAGUGCCGGCUCUGAGCAAAGCAGAUCUCCUUCGUCCUCCUCUUCGUCUUCGAGAGGUGGAAAAAAUGAGAAUAAACCUCCAAGUACUACUUUUUUCUCUACCGCGCGGGAGCUGGUUUCCCGGGAUUUUUGGUCCAAUUCCUCUAUGGAAGCCUACGCGGAAGACGUGCUCGACGUGAUACUUCACGGCUGUAAAUGGACAAAAUUCCAUCUCAUGGGCCUGAGUCUCGGCGGGAUGAUUGCGCAGAAGUUAGCGCUACGGAUCGCGAACAUGGACAACAUUAGCGAUCAAAAUAGUAAAUCACCAAGGUCAACAAGAACAGUACACAAUCUGGAGAUCGAAUCUUUAUCCUUAAUAACGACCAGUGGGGAGCUGCAUUUUGGGUUCAGUGCGCGGGGUUUGGCCCCGCUUUUCUACAACAUGUUCCGGAUGACCGCAGCGCGAACGAGCGAGAAGGCGGGACGAGGGGAAAAGAAGAAGAAGAAGAAGCAGGCGAUUGCCCCUGCUGUGCCUCAACAAAGCGAAUCAGCAACAGUCGCAGGGGUCGCUCCCUGUCCCAAAAGGACUACAGUCGGGGUAGCGACAAGAAGAAGUGGCGACGCAACUGCUGAUGACCAGACGAAAAAUCUGCCGCAAAUGCCCCCGGCUAGAGAGCUUCUAUCGGAAAAAGCACGGAAGUCUUGGGAAACUGCGUUGCAAUACUUAAAACUGCUGUACAGUGAGGAGUACUUGGAACAACGCGCGGAAUUUUCUCUAGAAGAGCUCCGUGAACAGUUUGAAGAAAGGCAUACCCCAUUUGUAGUGCCCCCGCAGCAAGAGGAGCUCAGUUCCAAAAUGAGUUCUACCGCAGCUUCCCAUGAUGCGACUGCGGAUGUGGAGACAGGCCAGCAUCUUCGAGACCAGCGACAGGACCACUCGGAACAAGACCCCUCAAUUACCACGCUCUUCGAGAAAUUUGUGCAAAUCUUGCUCUACUUGAUGAAAAAGAAUUUGAAGGAAGUGGUAGCUGAUGUUGCAGACGGGAACAAGGACGACUCAACAGAGCCGGCACAUUCUUAUCCAAGCGGUAGUGACACUGAGAGUGGCGAUAAUUCUGGCGCGGAAGAUGAUCACGGGAAAAAUAGCAUGUCUUCGACCACGCACGCCGAACAACGGCACGAAAAACUUCGGAAAACGCGUUUCUCUUGGUAUGACAGUGCACAACCCUCCCUCCCCUCAUUUGUCAUGCAAAAUACCCCAUCCACCCUUUGACUCUUAGCACUGUUUGCAUGACAAGUUCUGGCUGCCUCAAUAGCACUACACUCCCGUGCAAAUUUGUCAUGCAAAAUCGGCAUUCUUGCUUAGGCUUGUAUUGCCGUUCAUGCGAUACAAAUGAGGGGGAGGGGGAGUUGUGCACUGUCAUACUUGGUCCUCCACAAUAACGACCCUAGCCUGGCUUAUGGCUCGCUCCAGGGUGGUCGACGAGGAAGAGAUUCUCGACUUCGCUGCGAAUCAUUCCCGAAAUUUGACGCAAAGGCUGGAAUCCGUCGCGAACAAGCUGCCGUUUGAAAAGAAAAAGCAGGAGGAUCACGACGAAAUAAAUCCCUCAACAAGUAGAAAAAGCCAUUAUCUCACCACCGUCAUCGUCCCCUCCACCGCUUUCAAGAUUGUGCUCAAACAGAUGAAAGCCGGGCUUUUCUUCUCCAAACUAACGGCGGAAGAGAGUAGGAAAAUCAGGUCCAAGGUGAAAAAAAUUUCCGUGAUAGGCGCCAGUUUGGACAAAAUCCUUCCGGAGCACGCGUCGCAGGCGUUGGCGGUGGAUUUGGAAGCCGAUUUAUUCGUUCGGUUCGAAAACAGCGGCCAUAUGCUGUUCGACGAGCAUCGAUUGGUGUGUACGACGGUGUUAAAAGAGUGCGUUUUGAUGAAGACGGGAACAAUAGAACCUAGUACUUCAUCUUUUGUAAAGCCGGUGGAAGUUCGUGUUCUUCGACCAAAGAGAGGACCUGCUUUUGCGUACAAUUCCACUGCCCCAUCAACAUCUACCUCCAGACUCCUGAGGGAAGCCCUUCUGAAGAAGCCAUCUCCAGACCACGAAACCUCUGCGAUUCAGCAGGUAAACACGAAGAUCGACUCUGGCGCCCCCUCGGUGCCAUGUGAAGUCGUGGAGAUCGAUACUGGAAAAACUGGCUUCGCUCUGUUUGACCUGGAAUCUGCAAAGCUGGUGGUGUCGACGCGCGGGAGUCAUCAGAAAAAUGUCGUUGGCUCGAUGAAGAACAGCGCAUGGAGAUGGAGCACAGAUGGCAAGGCUAAGCUGUGAAGAAAAAUGUUGUGAAACGGACGACCACGGGGCUCUUGUCUAGCAGAGGCUGCUUCCAGUAGAAACUGGAUGAGUGCAAAUGAAUUUUGGUUCUCCCACAGCAUGAUGUGAAAAGACCACAUUGUGAAAGAUCGCAAUUCAGGUAGAUGCUGAUUUCUCAAGCGGUUCCG